AUGCUCAACACCUCCCCUUUCAUCAUGAGCUACCAGUACCCCGAUCAUGGCCCAGGACCCGGACACGACGCUUACCACUACCACUACCUUGAAGCCGGCAAGCCCGUGCACAUUGCGCUCUGGGUCUUCUUUAGCCUCUUCGCCGCCGGCGUCGCGGGCACUCUCCUCCUCGCCCGGCGCGUCGAGAACAAGAUCCGCGUCUUUCACUACCUCUCGGCUCUGUUGCUCACCUUCACCGCGUUCACGUACUUUUGCCUCGCUACUGGUCUCGGCAUCCAACACCGCCACCACCGGCAUCGGCAUGAUCAGCCACCGCACCACCACGACCCCAACCCUCCCAUCGGCAUCCCCGAGAAACCGGCUCCGGUAGAGGUCUACUUCCGUGAGAUUUUCUGGAUGCAAGAGGCAGCGCACACCGUCACGCUCCCCCUGCUCAUCGUCAUGUUUGCAAUUCUUAGUGGCACAGCGCCUCUGCACGCGGUCACAGCUGCGAUCUCAGCCGCGUUCUCGUGUGCCUCAACCAUCGCGGCAGACCACUUCCCGUCGCGCCGUCGCAGCCUCCGCCCACGCCUCGCGUUCAUCGGGUGGUCCGUCUUGGCCCUUCUCUUUACCCUCUGCUCGUGGUCUAUGCUCUUCUUCCCCGGCAUCACCGCGGUGCGUACCCGCCGCCGCUCGACGCAGGGCCGGUACACGCUGGGCGUAACCGGCCUAGUCAUCGGCUGGAUCGCGUACCCCGUUAUCUGGUUCCUCGGCACUGGCACGAACGUCCUGAGCGUCAAUGCCCAGAUCAUCACCCAGGGCGCGAUCGACGUCGCGACCCAGCUCGGCCUCGUCUUCUUCAUCCUCUUCACUCACGUCCACGACCCCGAGGACCCCGUCUGGUCGUUCCCCGAGUGGUUCGUCAACCCGCGCGCUUGCACUGGCCCUGAUGGCCGCGGCGCGUAUGCGCCUGUCCCAACCGCCGACACCGCCGCACAGGGCGACAACGGCAACACGGCUGCGUAA